CCGUAUGCCGUUGCGGUGACAUACGUCCUUCUAAACAGCAGAAGGAGCCCGUUACCGGUUUUCAAAUCGCGACAGUCGAAAAGCGCGGGAAAACUCGUUCCAUUUUCAAAAUUUCAAAUCUCACGCAGCGAUAAACGACCGCGUACACGAUCGCUGAAGUGAAGAAAAGACGCGUUAACGAUUCCCGGGCCGAAAACUGAGGCUGAAAACACACGUACAGCGCGCGCUCUUUGAGCCGCAGGUAAAUUGGUCCCAACGACGCUUACGCAGCGGUCUGAAGGAGAAUGUAAGGCCCCGAGACAGCGGUGCCAGAUCUAAGGAGAACCGAGCGAUGUGUAUCCACCUCGCGUGAAUGAAUCAUAGAAUGGUUCACCGUUCGGAUCAUUUCGCUCGCGAACAAAGGCCGCGGAGCUGAAUCCGAGGACUUUUUGAGACCGUUAGUGCAGCCUGGAGACUCCGGCGCCAUGUGCUCGUUUCUGCAUGCGGACCCAGAAUUCGCGAUUUCACCGCUUCGACGUUUCCACGUUUUCAGCGUCCUUCAUAGGUGAUAAUAUCGUUUAUUUUCCCUCGCGUGAUCGUCACGGACCGAGGAACUCGUCCCGCUGGUUAUCUUCCAAACCAGUCCUGAAUCGCACGUCGCGCCUUGGAGCGGACCUGUUUUUUUUUUUUUUAUUUUCGAGGAUUUUUGGUGCUCGGUUAGCUUGUGCAGAGUGUUUAAUUUCAUCCUCUUGUUGCAGCCAUUGCCUGGGUGAUGCAAAAUUGUGAAAUACCAAACGACACGAGCGCGUGUGUGUAUGUAUAUAAUAUAUGAUGUAUGUAUAUAUAUAUACAUCUAAAUCAUAACUGUAAAUGCAAAUUCAUCGUGUAAAUGUGUGUACAUGUGUGUUCAGUGCUGUCGAGUGUGUUUUAGUACCCGGGAUUUUAAAACUCACGGGUGGUAUUUAAUCGUUGAAACUGCAAUAACGCAGGUAAUUAUAAAUAAAAGAAAGAAGCUUCACAGGCAAGGAAGAACGAUACAGAGGAGCAAAAAGAAACACGACGAAAAUCGACGACGAAGUUCAACGCUCAAGAAAAAGGGGAAAAAAUUACAAGAACGAGAAACAAGCUUUGCUGCAGAGAUAGUCGUCCUAGCGGAAAACUAAUCCGAGAAACUUGAAUCGAAACAAACUAUUUUCACUGUGUACAUACCUAUAGAUACAUAUACAUGUGUGUUAAGCCGUGCAAAAGCCGAAACAACUGAAGUCAAAUCCCCAGAAAAGUGGAAAAAUUCCCCAGUAAAUUGUAACAGUGAUAAAUAGUGAAUCCAAAGUUUGGAUCGAUCAAUCAUAUAAUAACCACACGGUGACGCGGAGUGGUGAAAAUCCACGCGGAUUGAUCUAAAUAACCGAAACCUUUCAUGUCCCUAGAAAUAAACCUAAUUUAACGAGAAUCGAAACAACCGAAGUUGUUAAAUCCCCAGAAAAGUGGAAUAAUUCCCUUAGAAAAUUGUAACAUUGCAAAAUAGCGGAUCUAAAGUUUGUAUAAUCGAUCAAAGGUACACAAGUACGUUGACUAAGGUGAUAAAAAUCGAUUGAGAUCGGUGCUGAUUGAUCCAGAGAGCGGAAACUCCCGAUAUCCCUAGAAUAAAAUUUCAUUUCUCUGAAUCGCAAGGGUGAGAAAAAUAAAACAAAAAAAAAAAAAAAAAAAUUGGACAAACCCUGCGGCAGCUGGCAAGAUACUGACGGUUUGGGAGAAGUUAAGAACCAGCAGUGAUGCGCCUGGAGGAUAAUAGGAGCAGGAGCUGCAAAGGAGCUGCGGACGAAGAAGGAGGCAGCAGAUAGCGUCGGUGCUACGCACCUGCAGGCAGGCUCCUGCAGGCCUGGAAAGAGGAUGUCCUGCGGGAGAACGCGUUCACCGAUCACUCGGGGACGGUUGAUGCACCUGAUUCAGACCGUGGCUAUAUUCGCUGCCGCCUGCAUGCCCGUCCUGCUGGGCUCACCUCUUCACCCUCUGCCUCCGCACAGAGGAAUAUCGAGGGGCUCGUACAUCCGACAUUACGGUGCCGCAUGGUACGACACUGCAGCAUUGCGACAACAUCGUGAUCGCGUACGACGCGACACCUCUAAUGCUGCGAAGGACCAACCGCUCACUCUCCGUUUACACGCCCUCGACAAGAGCUGGACCAUCAAGCUGGUGCGGGACGGAAAUUUGUUCGCCGAAGACGCGGUAUUCGAGAGUUCGAAGGGCGCGAUUCCCUUCGACACAAACCGAGCAUACAUCGGUAGUAUUAUAGGUGACGAUAGCGCCAGCGUCCAGGGUGUCGUCACAGAGGAUGGCCUCUUCGACGGUACCGUCUCGGCUGGACUCGAGGAGUACUACAUCGAGCCCUCCAGCCGGUACUCCAGCCCCGAUGACGACUCCAGUCCGCCUUAUCACACCAUCGCCUAUCGGGCUUCCGACGUCACAUCCCCAGCUCAGCCCCUUCGCUGUGCCAGCCAGCACCUCCAGCAUGGCACCCUACGCGACAGCAUUGAUCGAGCAUCGAGAAAAGCGAAUGGUUCGUUGGAGGAGCCGCUGUACGAGCAUCUGGUGGACAAGGAGGUUCAGAACCAUGGUGGAUUUUAUUCCAACGAGGAAACAUCGAGGCAGUCAACAACGUCGGAGAGAAGUUACGAUCUUGAAUAUCUGGACAGAGUCUACAGGGAACGAUACGCCAGGCAUCUGCACAAGAGAGCAACCGUCGAUCCCAGAAAGACGACAUGCAUGCUCUACCUACAAGCUGAUCACCAAUUCUUCUUGAGGUACGGAACCGAGGAGGCUUGCAUCGAGGUCAUGACCAGACACGUCCAGAAAGUCAAUUCCAUUUACAAGCACACCGACUUCAACCAGGACGGAAGACCGGACAACAUAAGUUUCAUGAUAAAAAGGGUGAAGGUUCACAGCGGCGAGGCACUCAAGGAUCCCAACUACCGAUUCCCGGGAAAUUACGGCGUCGAAAAGUUCCUCGAGCUCUUUUCCGAGGAGGAUUACGACGCGUUUUGCUUAGCCUACAUGUUCACCUACAGGGACUUUGAGAUGGGUACACUGGGUCUGGCUUGGACAGGGGAUUUGAAGAACGCCGGUGGAGUCUGCGAGAAGAACGGACAUUAUCGGGGAAGCAUGAAAUCUCUGAAUACCGGUAUCGUGACGUUGUUAAACUACGGAAAACACGUGCCACCGGCGGUUUCUCACGUCACGUUGGCUCACGAAAUUGGUCACAACUUCGGAUCGCCGCACGAUCCGGAACAGUGCACACCAGGAGGGGAGGACGGAAACUUCAUAAUGUUCGCGCGCGCCACCAGCGGAGAUAAGAAAAAUAACAACCGUUUCAGCCCCUGCAGCAUAAGCGCGAUCAAUCCGGUCCUAAACACCAAGGCGCGUUCCCCGAAGGGAUGCUUCACGGAGCCCCAAGCUUCCCUCUGCGGAAACGGCGUCGUCGAGGAAGGCGAGGAGUGCGACUGCGGCUGGGAAGAAGAUUGCAGAGAUUCCUGCUGCUUCCCUCAGCGUCGUUAUCCACCCGCCGAAGAAACUCCCUGCCGACUUACUCCCGGCUCGAUUUGCAGUCCCAGUCAGGGCCCAUGCUGCACAACCGAAUGCAAACUGCAGUUCAAUGUCAAGUGCAGGGAUGACAACGGGUGCAGAGAUGCAAGUUUCUGCGACGGUCGUGUACCGCAUUGUCCACCGUCUAUCAACAAGCUGAACAAGACGGUCUGCAACGACGAGCUGGUCUGCUUUAUGGGGGAGUGCACGGGGAGUAUCUGCCUCGCCUACGGACUGGAAUCUUGUCAGUGCAUUCCAGGGCCAACCGAUCCACCCACGAAGGCCUGUGAACUCUGCUGCAGAGAGCCUGGCGAGAAUAAGCCUUGCCUUUCGUCCUUCGACUGGAACAAACGGCCCUACGAUAUUCCGGACAUGUUUUCCAAGCCUGGAACACCCUGCAAUGACUACAACGGAUACUGCGAUGUGUUUCAGAAAUGCAGAGAGGUCGAUCCGAGCGGCCCUCUGGCUACUCUCAGGAAGCUCCUUCUCUCCGAUGAAAGUCUCGCAUCGUUUAAACGAUGGGUAGCCGAUCAUUGGUACGCAGUGGCGCUCAUAGUUCUUGCUGCAAUCGCUCUUCUGGUGGCGAGCACGAAACUGUUGGGGAAGCGGCCCGAUCUCAAGUUGAAAUCGGUAACGAUAAUCCACAGCUCAACGACGGAGACGGUACGUCUACCACCGGAAGGAGAGGGGGGAGUCACGGUUCAUCCACCAGCGGUCAGGGCGAAACUUCCGUUGAGCCGGAAGGUCAGAGAGAAGAGACGGCGCCGGAAGCAUAACAAGAAUGUGACUUCGGUCUCCAAGGAGAAAGCACCAAAGGUUGGAAAAAAGAAGAGAGUAGCCCCGGAAGGGGCAGCGGCAGUGGCAGCGGCGGCGGCUGUGGCGUUAGUGGUUCCGGGUGCAGGAUCACCGGGGACAGUGACAGCGAUAGAUGAGGUGAGUUCGCGUAAACGAGUCGCUGAGGUGUUACUGGCGUCGGGAGUUCGAGGGAAGAAGACGUCUAAGGAAAAGGUCCAGGGUUCGGCGGAGUCCAACAACAACAUAAACAACGGACUGAACAAGAAGCGUCGAAAAAAGAAAGAGGUGAUCGACUACUCGGCGGCUCAGGCGGAAAACGACACGACGACUUCGAUAGCCGACUCAGACCCAAAGAACAAGGUACGAUCCUGGCUGAUGGCAUCGCAGGGUAGAGCCGAGGAGCCGUCCUGCCUGCCUAAAAGCAAGUCGACUCCUGCGGGUCUGACGUCGGGUGGAGGUGGCAGAAACGCGACGGGUCGAACGCGGCAAGUUACGUUGCGACGACCGACUGACCCGAAGGCUCGGAGUCUCGGAUCCAUCGCCAGAAGCAGCGAGAAGAGCGACAGAGUGCGGCUGCAGGUUGUCUACAAGCCGCCGUUCAAGUUCAGCGUCAAGCUUCGCAAGGCUGACAAAGUUGGCGCCACCGGCGCCGCUCACGCUGCCCCCUGUCGGACCGGUGCGCCUCGGACAGGGGUUCUCAUCCGGACCACGCCAGGUAAAACGAAGCACGCAAGGACCAAGCAGCGCACAGCGACCAAACCUGCCAACGUCUCGGCGCCGGAUCACGCCGCCAAUUCGGACCUCCACACCGUCCCGUCGGAUCUUGAGGUACUGCUUUCCGAAUGCGAAUUUCUUUUUACCGAUAACGCGUGACCCCUGCCCCCUUUAUCUCGCGUUGCCGAUGUCUCAGCGACGCGGUGAUCGUCGAUGUUUCGUUUUUCCUUUUGUUCUGUUCUGUUAUUGUUCCUCUCGGAAGACUAUCGAUAAUACGUUGAUAUGUUUUUAAUUUUAUUUCCAUGAGGGUAAAGUAGAAGAACUUUUUGCGAGGGAAAAAGUAGUUGAGAAUGAAAUAAAAGUUUGAACGAGUAAAAAAUGAAGGGAAAAUCUCAAAAAAAAAAUGUAUAUAUAUAUAUACCAUGUGAACCAACUGUAUUCCUCUACUCGAUAAUAUAUAUAAUAAUUAUACGUGCACCUAAAAUGAUCGGAAGGUGGAAAGAAUUUAAAGUGUUGAUUAUCGAUAGUUGAUGAAACGGUUCACCAUCGGAAAUCUGAAUAUCAACUAAAUUUUUGAUGAAAAACAAAAGUGCUAUUGUACGACUGAUCGCGAGUGAAGUGAAAACAUCCAACAUAAUCUAUAAACGUGACGAUAAUGUGCGAACAAUUUAAAAAUAAUUAUCGUAUAAUAACGACAAUGGACUUGCGAAAAUAUAUGUUAAACAUCGAUGCAUUCCAGUUCGGUGUUUAUAGUUUGAAAUAACCGAGAAAAAUGUGAUCCUGGUAUGUACAUGUGAUAUGAUAUUUCCUUGUAUAUACGUGUAGUUGUAUUGUAAUAAGAAUUAUCGAUAUUACGAUAAAUGCGAAGCUUGUGGUGCUUGUUGUGGUUUUUAAAAGCGUCGAGUGCCAUCGACAAGGAUGUAAAUAACGGCGUUAACGACGAUUAAUAAAUGUACAUUGUGAACUUUAACCAAAUACUACUUAAAACGAUAAUUAUAACGUGCAGCAGAAACCCUUAUGAGUAUUUAACUACACAUACAUCGUAACUAUAUGUGUAUAAGAAAAUUUAUAUGCCGAGCGCAUGAACGGAGGAGUUGAGUGUAUGUAUAGUAUAUACAUAUUAUAUAUUUUUUGAAAAUUGUAAAUAAAAUCGUUGUAUUCUCCGCGUUCUACUCUGUCCGUUCUUAGUUCGAUUAUGAGGCAGACGUGAAUCAACUGUUAAUUAUAGUUAUGGUGGUUUAAUAUAAUAUGUCCUUAUACUUCGACAUGUACUAAAAAAAAAAAAAAAAAACAUAAAUAAGACUCGAAAUUAUCGUACGGAAUAUAAUAUCGAUGCUCCGACUGUGUCGUAUAAAAAUUAUACACAUAUAUAUGUAAUCGAAUCCUUCCGUAGCUCGAUGUUCUCAAUUUUAUUUUCCUUCUUUUAAUUUUUUUUUUUAUAUUUUCAUCCAAUGGUGUGAAUUUCAGAAGAAUUCCUGAAGACUGAUUCAGGAAGUGUUAAAUAAAAAAUUGAUACCCAUGAAUUUCCGUUGAUCGAAAAUCUAAAUUGAAAAACUCUUAAGAAAGCUUUACGAAAUUUUUAUUUACUUUGAAAAUGGAGCAGCGAGUUUGAAAAUUAUCAGCGAAAAUUUACUUCACGCAUAACUUUGUCAAUUUUCCGAAUGAUUUAUAGAUUUUUUGCGAAUAUAUCUAUAGUUCGUAGAAACGCCCAGCUAAAUGUAAAAUCCUGGCAAAAAUAUCGCUUCUUAACCACGAAUCACGUCCCAGUUUUUUUCCUCCCGUCCGUUUAAUUUUUCCUUUGAAUUUCGGACCGCGGUCGAAUUGGCGAGUUUCACCGAAUUCGUACCGAAUAUUUGAAUCACAUACGUAUAUUACAACCAUAGACUUGUGGGCAACGUGGAGGGGUUGAAAUCUGGAAGGUAUAAAGUCAGCUUAUAUACGCGAUAUUAUACCAGCUAGAUUCUAGUUUUAACCUCGUUACCGAAGUAAUUGGAAAAGUUCUGUUGGGUUGGUGGGAUCGAGAAUCGCAAACUGCACCGACGGACUAGCGGUGAAAAUUUACAAAUAACGAAAAUUUCUCCACAUUUCGUGAGAAAUGCACAUUUUACACGAAUUAAAAAUUCUUCAUCCCUGCAUCAAAUACACGAAUGAUAAUUUAUAAUUUAUACAGAUAUAUAUUUGUGAGCAAUAUUCACACGUAAUUGGAUCACGGUGAAACGUUAGUUCAAUCAGAUUCACCCGCCCCGUCGAAAUAUAAUACCUGUAAUUAAUUUGAAAUUAAUGCGUUCUUUGAUACCGGGCAGCCUCUCAGCGAAUUCGAUACUCAUUAGUCCUUUCGCUCUGAUAACACACACGGCCCACAGAUUUAAUUAAUUAGACAGUGACGAGAGAAGAGUGUUAAAGGCAACAGGCGGUAAAGACAAAAUAAAGAACGGAGAGCAAACAUUAUCGUAUACGUAGAGAUAAAAUAAAGGAUUUGGAUAUUACGGUUGAAAAAUUCCCUCCGAAAUUUACACGCUGCAGUUUUAUAAUUUUGGAGGAGAACAACGGAGGAGAAUAGAAAAAAAAAACUGAACUUUUCGUCAGAUCGCUGUGAUUGAAUUAACAACGUUGAAAUUACUUUUUAUUUUAGUAAUGCCAAUGAUAUAUUUCUUCCUCUUAAUUCUCUCGAUACGUAUAUUACAUAUAUCGAGGAUUGUGAUCAUUUCUAGAUUUUACGAGGUGUGUUUAAUAUCGUCGUUUUAUGAUUGCAAAAUUCAUGCGGCACGAUCAUUUGGCAAACGGUGUAUAUAUCGUACGUUAAUCCACACGUUUUAUUGCUUCGUUAAUAAAAAUUAAUAAUCUGCACAGUCAACGCUCCGUUCUGUGUAAAUAAUUAAUUCCCUCACUGACGGACAGUUUUAGUCUCCAUUUUUUAUUUCUGAAUCGAUAUUUCUCAACGGAUUCAAAAAAUUAUAAAUGUAAAAUGGAAUUUAAAAAAAAAAAAUAGAAAAACGAAAUCGUAACUAACAUUCCAUAUUUUGCGAAUUGUCUUCCAAUCUAUUUCCUAUAUCAUAUUGUAUGUACCAUGUAUAUAACAUUGUUCAUUUAUGUAUAUAUAUAUAUAUAUAUAUAUAUACAUGUAUAUAAAUAUUUAAAUUCGACAUGAUUAUGUACCGAUUAUACGAGAGACACGACAGUCUGCCUCGUUCGCAUAUUAUACAUGAUACACAUAUAGGAAACAAUAAAUACAAACAUAAAUAAACGUAUUGAAUACUAUAUAAAAUUUAUUACAUAAUAUCCUUGUAUAUCUAUUAUAGCAUAGGUAAGAAUUAUAAUGAUAUGUGUAAAAAGAUCGACUACGAUAUCGGACGAUACACGUGAAACUUCAAUAUUCAUGUACCGAUUUCAUUUCCUUUGAAUUGUAACUGAAGCGAAACAGGCAGAGUAGUGAUUUUUAUUAUCUUGUAAUACUCACUAAUCACUGAUUGUUUUAUUGUAAUUUCGCGAUGAUUGUUAAAUUUAAUCCCGUGAAUCUGUCGAAUUGCUGGCAAUUCGUUUGAAGGUUGAAUGAAUUAAGAAAUAUAUUAUACCGAGUCAAGAAACAGAUAAAAAAGUACUUAAAGCAGGAAUAAGGAAAGGCAGAGAAAAACACUUCUAAAAUGACACAUCACAAUAUUGUAACUCGACGAGAAAUAGAUCGACGUUACGAACAAAGUCCGUCUGAGGUUCAACAACAAACUAUAGCAACUAUAUAUUAUACAUACAAUAUGCAUCAUAUGUAACGUAUACAUAUAUUAUGUAUAUAUAUAUAAUACUUGUACAAAUGCUAUUGUAAUAUGUACGCGAUUGAUUAGGGAAGAAGAAGAAAAUAAAAAUGCACCAACAGAAUACGAAA